CUUCGUAAAUUUCAUUUGUGUUUGUAAAUAAAAAUAAAGAUGUCUAAUGGAGAACAUAGACAUUUGUGGAGAAUCGUGUUCAGGAACUUUAUAAAUUCCUUUAAGCCGAGACAGAUCAGAGGCAAUGAAAUAGGUAAAGAUUAUAUCGGCAACAAGUAUUAUGAGAUCCCAGCCGAGCCAAAUUCAGGAAGGCGUAAACCAUCCCGAUGGUAUGAUCCACCCAAAGGGCUAGAUUUUCAAGAUCCCAUACCAGCUGAGUGGGAAGCGUGGUUAAGAAUGAGACGAGUGGAACCACCAACAGAAGAGGAGAUAGCAAAAAAUGUUGCUAUAGCUGAAAUGAAAAAGUUGAAUGCAGAAAAAAUUGAGGCUCAAAGAUUGGCUGAUGGUGGUUCGCUACCAUCACCGAUAGAAAAGGGCCAACAGUCCUUCCCCACUUACAAGGAGUUUUACGGUGGAGAUCCAGAAAAUAAAUUUAGAAAAUGAGAAUAUAUUAGUGUAAUUGUAAAUAGUAUAAUUUAGGUAUUUAUUAAUAAAUAAAUAAUAACUUACUGA